GAAAUACAAAAGCUGAGUCAAAAGAAGAAACGCCGGAACAGAAGGUAUCAAACGAAUCGGUUAUGUGGAGGGUAGUGCAGGUGAUUGGCGUUCUUUGGCUUGUAGUGGCCAUUGGAAGCGGUUGGAGUGCGCAUUCAUAGUGGGCCACUGAAUCCAUCGGUAUUGGAAGGUUCGGCAUGCGCAACAAAUUGAAGCUCAUCACGUGAUAUAGGAGCAUUGACUUCCAUGGAGCGCGUGACCCGAAGGCGCGUUCAACUCUCUGUGUCCCUAGUCCUGACUCUCCUCUCCCUUCACCAUACAAUUGCGCUGCCUGUACUCUAAACGCUCCUUACCAUCAUGUCGAAAACACCUUCGCGUCGUCAGACAGCACUUGAUGACAUAUCAACUAAUUUCAACAACAUCUCUAUCUCACGUACUCCUUCACAUAACAUAGGCAAAUCGGACGUCACCAAUCCGUUCCUCGCACCAGCUUCCAAACAGAUUUCCUUGCAGAAGUCAAAGGAUGAGCAGAAGUUUGAGAAAAGGAAGAAAGAAUUGUUGGCCAGUAUGGACAUAGUGCGGUGUGAUAUUGCAGGAGUUAAAGUGGAAGGGAAGAAGGAAAGGAAGGAUCAUACUGACCGAUUCAUACCUGCACGCAAUGGAAACAUUUCCAAAGGGUCCCAACUUGGUGCUGAUGUGGCGAAUGUCGCACAGGACGCAUCUCCACGCACUGCCCAAAUCAUUGCACAGGCAUGUGGAAUCGAGCUGAACAAGCGAAUUCUCUCCUUCCAUCAACCUGCACCUCAGCCGACCACCGAUCCUAGCCUAAACGAAGCUCGAAAGCAUGCCAAGCCUCUGUACGCUCGGUCUGCGGUCAGUCUGCUGGCAUCGACCUCAGCAGUCUCCGGAGUCAAAGGUCGAAAGCUCCCUGCCACAGCGGAGAGAGUUUUGGAUGCCCCAGGGCUUAUGGACGAUUAUUACCUUAAUCUUCUGUCAUGGUCGACAAAGAACAUGCUUGCAGUUGCGUUAUCGGAUACCACCUAUAUUUGGAAUGCCCAGACCGGCACAGUGGACGCCCUCGGUACGGUUUCCGACGAUACCUAUAUUGCGUCUCUCGAUUGGACGGCGGAUGGCAGUUACUUGGCCAUUGGAUUGGGGACAGGUGAAGUAGAACUCUGGGAUGUGGCGCAGCAGAAAAGACUUCGAUCCAUGGCCGGGCAUCAGGCGCAGGUGGGAUCUCUGUCAUGGUGGGAUCACAUUGUGAGUAGCGGUUGUGCUGAUGGAAGCAUCUUCCACCAUGACGUCCGGAUCGCCAAACAUAAAGUUUCGGAGCUCCUAGGCCAUACAGCCGAAGUCUGUGGCCUGAAAUGGCGCGAGGACGGCGAAAUGCUUGCUAGCGGUGGAAAUGACAAUGUCGUCAACGCUUGGGAGGGGAGAACUGGUGGCAUUGGUAACGAUGGGAGCUGCCUCAGCGUCAAGCCUAAAUGGAUGAAGAGGAACCAUACGGCAGCGGUUAAGGCUUUGGCGUGGUGUCCAUGGCAGCCUUCUCUGCUUGCGACCGGGGGUGGAACGUCCGAUUGUACUCUCCACUUCUGGUCUGCACAAACCGGCGCACGCCUCCAUUCCCUUGUCACGCCUUCUCAAAUUACGAAUGUUGUCUGGUCGCCUCAUGCCAGGGAAUUCGCUACUACCCACGGAUUUCCGAAUAAUUCGAUCAUGGUUCAUCAGUACCCCACGUUAUCACAAGUACACGAAGUCAAAAAUGCGCAUGAUGCUCGAGUCUUGUACGCCGCCCUGAGCCCGGACGGCGCCACAUUGGUCAGUGGUGCCGCGGACGAGAACAUCAAGUUCUGGAAGUUGUGGGAGGUGCCGAAGAAGAGCAAAAAGGAGGAAAGGAACAGCAUGGGAGGGAUCAAGAUGGAGCUCAUUCGCUGA